UUCGGAGUUUCCUUCCCUAAACAGGCCUCAAAACCCAGCUGCCCAACAGCCAUGGAGCGUGCGAAGACCCACAUGGAGCGUGCGAAGACCCACAGCGAAAGUGCUCCUCGGGUCGAAGACCUGGUGGUUGCUGUGCGCGGGCGCUCCCUUGCAGGGACCAAGGAAUUCUUUUCGGAGGAGAGCUAUGAGUCCGACAGAGGCCGAUCCAAGGCAGCGACCACAAGAAGAUUUGGGAUCCAUAGACUGAUCAUGUAUCCGGACAACAACUUCCGGCGCAUUUGGACUGCUUUGGUGGUCGGUUUGCUGAUGUACACCGGCACCAUUUUCAUUUAUCGCUUGAUUUUCGUGCGCUUCUACGUCCCUCGAGAGCUUGAGGUACCAAAGUUUUGGACAGCCUUUGACAGCAUCGUGGACGUGAUGUUCGUGGUGGAUUUACUGAUCCAGUUUUUGUUCACGUACACUAGCGAGAAAGGGACAGAGGUGGCGGUGCCAAGGAAGAUCGCAGUGAGAUACCUGUCCGGCUGGUUUUGGGUGAAUGCGAUUUCGUGCAUACCAGAGGAGGUCGCCAGCCUUGUCUAUGCCUCGAUGGUGGGUGAUGCCACGGAGAGCUCCCCGACCGGCGGGCACAGGUCGCUGAGGCUGGUGCGGAUGCAGAGGAUGACCAAGAUCGUCCGCAUGUUGAGACUGGUGAAACUGACCCAGUUGACAGAGCGGCUCAACCUGGACACAUACAUCCAGAGAUACAAGGUUGUUGCUGUCUUGAACACUCUCUUCGGACUUGUUUGGGCAGUACAUGUGAUGGCCUGUGGCUGGUAUCUUUGUGCAGCUCUUCAUGCGGAUCCGCUCGAAACCUGGUUAGCCCGUCGUCAUGUUGGCGUCGACCAGGAGAUGCUGCUGAACUUUCCACCCCUCGACCAAUGGGCUCAUUCCAUGUACUUUGUCUUUGCAGUCUUCACCACAGUUGGCUUUGGUGACAUCUCUGCCUUCACCACCGGUGAGAUCAUUUAUUGCACUCUGACCAUGAUGGUGGGUGCCAUCGUCCACAGUUUGAUUGUUGGCCAAGUCAUUAGCGAGGUCACGAGUGACAACACCGUGAAUGCGUUUCUCAAGAACAAGCUGAAGCUAGCCAAAGAGUUUGCAGCUCACGCGAAUCUAGAUGCAGCCGGGUCAAAAGCGCUAUCCUUGUGGCUGGAGACAAACGCCCGAGAUUUGAUGACGGAGCAAUUUAAACUGGAUGAGAUGCACCAGCUGGUUGCGAAUGAUAUGCCCUUAUCCUUGAUGAAGGAGCUCCAUGGCCGUCUCUUCAAGGGGCAGCUGGUACGGAAUGGGUUUCUACGGGUGCCCUUUGUGGUGACUACCCCGCCACGAUUGCCGUUGCUCUUGUCACUGGCGUUGACGCCUAAGUUCUACGAAAAUGGCCACCUUUUGUACCACGCAGGCGAUUCUGCCUUCCACAUGUUCCUAGUCCUCAGUGGCACCUUUGCGUUUGUGGCUAGACCAGAGCGACCGAGCAAGAGCCCUCGUGCGAACGAGAUGUGGCCGUAUCAGCUCUUCUCUCACAACAGCUAUUUCGGAAACUUCGAACUGCAUGGUGGGGUGAAACAGUUCCGUCGCUGCAACGCGCGCUGCGAGUCGGAGAAGGGCCAGGCGCUGCGGCUGCCGCGCGAGCACUACAGCCGCCUGUGUGGGGAGUUCCCACAGUUUUGCGCAGCCUGGUAUUCAGAAUGCUUGCGGCGGGAAGCACUACGGUGCCGCUUGCUAGAGAUGCACACCAAGAUGCUGAAUUACCGUGUGUUGGCUGCGCGGCGGCUGCAGAGAUAUUUCAGAAGUGUGAAGGCUGACUGGGAUCGGCGCAAGAACCAGGAUGAUGACUCGACAGGGCUUCCCUCUGAGAUCAGACGGCAUUCGUGGCACUCUUCCUCCGGCGAGAUGAGUGCAUCAGUGGGCACACUAUCUGUGGAUUCGAUGCUUGAUCAGAGCCGUGGCCUUGAGUGGAAGUCGUCCGUCACACGCAGAGCUAGCUUCAAGCAAAAGUGCGAAGAGGACCCGCUGGCACGACAGCAGCAGCUUCUUGACCAUGUGUCAGCGCUUCAAGCCACUGCUGAAAAGCAGGGAGAAGCCAUAGAACGUUUGCGCUGGGAGAUGAGACAGGCUAUCGCAGGCGUGGCAGCUUUGGUCUCGGAAAAGCUGGGUGAUGGCAGUGACUUGGAUGUAAUGUGAAGGGUGGGAUGCCGGCCCAAAAACUGUAGACUGGGGGCCCCUCCAAGUUGGUCAAUGAGGAGAUCCAUUCGCAUAAGAAUUGGGAAUGCCGUGUAUUUCGUCCAUCUUGCCGAGUUGCCUCCGAUUAGCUCGCCGAGGUGUUUCUCCUGCAAGGCCCAAUUUGGUGCUGUGAGUUCGCGGAGUCUGCGGUAAAAGUGGCUGGAGGGUCCCACUUAGAUGAUGAACAGAGAGCAGCUAAGCAAAGCACUCAAAAGCACUUAAACCUUCAGCGCUUUCCGGUGCAUGGAAAACCAUCCCCAGAUCAAGGAGGGAUGUGGAGAAACUUCUAACUGCUUUUAUUGGAAACAAGUUGGCUGAAGAGCCUGUACCUUGGCUGCACGUUGCUUUCAUUUUGCUGCUGCCUGCCGCCAAGCGCCAGCAACAGCAUCAAUCCGAAUCUCUUUUUCUUCCCGACCGUUGGGUUGUGACGGUGGUCAAAUUUUCAGUUUUGAGGAUGUCCUGGUCAUGGACGAUGGAUGCCCAAGAUGCCAAGAUGCAGUCCAACACAAACAGUGAAACAAACUACAGUAUAUUUGCAUCAGGUGACACUUGGAAAAGUGAGACUGCAGAUGGCAGCCAUGUUGUUGCACCAGUCAAUGACAGUAAGCUGUAAGCUUGAAACCAGGACCACCUAGCCAGAGUGCAGAUCUUGAUCCUGGAGCGAAAGACUACACAGUGUAGCUUCAAAAUGAAGCAGCUGUAUUUUUCAUCUUUAGGGUAGAAGAGCGGCCUGCAGUCGUUGUAGGUCGUCUGAGCACCAGGGCGCUCACACCACGU